AUGGCCUCCGCCCUUCUUCUGUCCCCUCUCAACAACGUCCUCGCCUUCCUCACACCCCCACCUCCUCCCGUACAGGACGCGGCCUACGACGGCUUCGAGCUCACGUGGCGCUUCUUCGUCUUUCUCUUCAAAAACGAGGCGUUGCUCCUCGCAGGCGUGCUCUUUUACGUCCUCUGCUUCUACCUUGGAAAGCGCCACAACGCAAACAGGGCAAACGCCUGGAUCGACGCUCACGCUCCUCUCUACGCCCAGCAGUUCUCCCGCCCCACAAACGCGGGCCUCACCGCCGAUGGCUACUCUGACUUUUUCUCUUUCUCCACCGGCCGUCGCGCCGUCGCGGUCCUCCACACCGUCUUCACCCUCCGGCCCCGCCACGACAUCUUCCAGCUGGCCUAUCAGCUCGCCUACCGCAACGUCUAUGACCUCCAGUACAACCCCGCCGACGACGUUCAGCUCGACUUCAAGCUCCACCCCGGCGUCAACGUCCCUGACUUUGUAUGGGCGCUUGUCAACAAGAACGAGCUCAAGUCCAUCAAGGACGCCCGCUGGGACUUGACGUUCACCAGGACCACCGACAACCCGGCCGUGCCCAACUCGCUGACCAUCAUGAGCGAAUUCGCCGACGUCACCGAUGGAGUCCUCAAAGUCGCCGGCCCCGUCAUUGCCGCGCUGAACGACCCGCAAGUUCUUCCUUACUUCCGCUCGCUUUCCAUCACCGACCAGCCUCGCGAGCGCCCGGAUAUUGCGGAGACCUCGCGCGAAAAACACAUCAUCCUCACCCUCGCUUCACCGCCCGCGAGCGCCGCCGCGCGUACGCUCCCGCUCGUCACCGCCGUCUUUGCGUUGGUUGACGCCCUCGACCGCGUCACGCUACGCCCCGAGACCAAGGCGAAGCUUCGGAAGGUUCGCGAGGACUUUGCGCGCGCCCAGAAGGAGUCUGCAGAGAAGGAGCGCCGUGAGGAGGCCCUGGACGCCAAGCAGGCGGCGAAGAAGAAGGCGGAAGAGGACCGGAUCGCGAAACUAAGUGCGACCGAACAGCAGAAGAUCUUGGAGCGCGAUCGCAAGCGCAGCAUGCGCAAGACGCAGUCCAAGGUCCAGGCGCGGAAAUAAGCUGUCAGUGCUCUCGAUCGCGCGCGCGCACGGUGGCCACGCGCAUCUGCGUUGCGCGAUCUCGAGCCCGAGGAAGCACCGGGGACCAAGCCGUGCUGCACGAGGGAGAUCGUUAAUUAUGGGGGGAACGCGCGAUAUAUUGGAGCAUAUAUAUCAGUAUCGGCGGCGCGGUGCUGCCAGGAUAAGAGCGGGUUUUUUUAUUUGAUUUUGCGGUGAAAAGGAUUGCGGGGCCGCGGGGAUGGAAUUGUGGACGUCGGAGAGCUUCGGGGAGUCGAAAUGGCGCGCACGUGUCCGGGCUAUCGAGCUUGAUCUAUGUGUCGUGCUGUAUCGUAGUUGAUCUGUGGGGUGUUGUGCGCAGGGGGUUCUCGUUUUAUAGCACUCGUGAUGCGCGGGGAUGCACGCACUC